AUUAUCUGAAGUUAUUAUUCGAAGCGAUUUCAUUGGCCUCCUUGUGGAAUGGGCCAAUAUUAAGAGCAAUGUCGCUCUGCAGUCGGAAGCCACGCGCGCAUUAAUAAACUUGAAUAAAAGUUUAUUACCCAUUAAAAAAAAACAAGAAACUUUUCGAGACGGCGUUUAUCUUCUCUAUCCGACCCUUUUGGAGCCACUCUGGUAUAAUGAUAUAAAAAGAGACAUUCAUUGGUCUGAAAAGAAGAGCGAUUGGUCAAAAAAAGAGCCAGUAGUGGACAUUGUUUUUGUUCAUGGAUUGCUCGGUGGCGCCUUUUUUACUUGGCGCUCUCUACCGAUGAGAGAAAGCUCUCCUUCUAUAGAAGCCGAAAACGAACUGAAUUUUAGUAAUACCAGAACGGUUGAGCCAGUGGAUGAACAAAGCGAUACCCAAACGAGCUGCUGGCCCAAGUAUUGGCUACCACGGUCCAUCCCCAACGUCCGUGUGAUUAGCGUGGAAUACGAUACGCAGUUUAGUGAUUGGGCGUCUGUUUGCCCUUUGCUACCAGAAACAAUCAGAAAUCGAACGCUGCGAAAAAAAGCCUCAAGUUUGCUCUCGAAAUUGCACACAGCCGGGGUUGGAAGGCGGCCGACUAUAUUUGUGACUCACUCAAUGGGCGGUCUGAUCGUUAAGUGCCUAUUGGUGGGGUCAAGUAACUCGCCAGUUUAUAGAGAAUUGGCGGAACACACGCGAGGCGUCGUUUUUUAUUCGACACCGCACUUUGGCUCGCCCGUGGCGGACCAAGUUUUUAGUAAGCUCAGAUAUAUUAUUUUUCCGUCUGUCGAAGUAGACGAAUUACGAUCGAACUCUCCUUAUUUGCUAAAACUCCACAGCCGCUUUUCCAAGCUUAAAAAUAUCAAGUCCUUCAGCCUCGGCGAACUGAAAGCUACCAAUAUAACGUGGGCCAUUAAUGCUGUAAUUGUUCCUGUGGAAUCUUCCAAUCCAGGGCUUGGCGUUUAUGAAGAAUACGACACUGAUCACACGAGUAUUUGCAAACCGACUUCGUUUAAAGAUGAACGAUAUAUGAAAGUUAUUGAGUUUAUAAAAACUAUUGUGGAGGACACUAAAUAA